AUGGAAACCCGGGAACUGCGCUUCUCUCGUGCAAUGGCCUUUGCCAUCAACGAGAUCAACAACAGCUCAGAUCUUCUGCCGGGGGUCGCGCUUGCUCCAGAAGACUUGCGGGUUCUGCUGGAAGAGCUGACGGUACAUCCCUCUCCUCCUCGCCAAUGGAUCGGCAGUGAAGCCUGGGUCCUUGAUCAGUUGAAAAGGGUGAAUUUCUCUCGUAAUGGUUACCACGUCUCAUUUGAUGGCAAUGGUGACCCUGUGGCCUUCUAUGAGCUGAUUAACUGGCAGAUAAAUGAGAACGGUGGUCUGGAGUUUGUAACCGUGGGACAUUAUGAUGAGUCCCUUUCUCCUGGCCAGAAGUUCAAUAUCAAAAGUGAAAUCAGUUGGGCAGAUGGUGGCAUACAGGUGCCUGUGUCCGUAUGCAGUGACAGCUGUCCACCGGGAACACGCAAGGUUCUCCAGAAGGGGAAGCCGGUUUGCUGCUAUGACUGUGUACCAUGUGCUGAAGGAGAGAUAAGCAAUUCUACUGGUACAACCAAUGUUAACAUUCCUAAAAAACAAAAUGUUAUAAUAAUAGUAAAAACGAUUAUAUAUCUUUUCCCAGAUUCAUCUGACUGUUCCCCAUGUCCCAAUGAGUUCUGGCCCAAUGCAGAGAAGAACUUCUGUCGUCCCAAGCUUGUUGAGUUCCUUUCCUUUCACGAGAUCCUUGGAAUUAUUUUGUCAGCAUUCUCUAUAGCAGGAGCCUGUUUGACCAUCAUUACAGCCAUAGUGUUGUUCAAGCACAGAUUUACCCCCGUUGUUAAAGCUAACAACUCUGAGCUGAGCUUCCUGCUGCUAUUCUCCUUGACUCUGUGUUUCCUGUGUUCUCUGACCUUCAUCGGCCGUCCCUCAGACUGGUCCUGUAUGCUUCGCCACACAGCUUUUGGGAUCACCUUCGUCCUCUGUAUCUCUUGUGUUCUGGGGAAAACGAUCGUGGUGUUGAUGGCAUUUAAAGCUACAAUCCCAGGUAGCAAUGUAGCAAAAUGGUUUGGCUUAACACAGCAGAGAAUGACUGUAGUAUCUUUUACAUUUGUUCAAGUUCUGAUAUGCAUUGUUUGGCUUGUUCUGAAGCCUCCUUACUCUAAUAGAAAUCUUACCGUCUACAAGGAGAUAAUAAUUCUAGAAUGUGCAUUAGGCUCAGCAUUAGGUUUCUGGGCUGUGCUUGGGUACAUUGGGCUCCUUGCCGUAUUUUGUUUUGUAUUAGCUGUUUUAGCCCGAAAACUACCUGACAAUUUUAAUGAAGCUAAGCUAAUCACAUUUAGUAUGCUUAUAUUCUGUGCUGUUUGGAUAACUUUUAUCCCAGCUUAUAUCAGUUCCCCUGGGAAGUUCACUGUAGCUGUGGAGGUGUUUGCCAUUUUGGCCUCUAGUUUUGGAUUGAUUAUCUGUAUAUUCUUUCCAAAAUGUUUUAUUAUUUUGUUUAGGCCUGAGAAAAACACCAAGAAACAUUUAAUGGGUAAAAAAUAG